AUGGAAAGUGGAACAUUACCGCCAGCAACAAUGUUAUUACAUACAAACGAUUCUCAUCAACAAAUAUCUUCAUCGAAUUCUCCAAUGAAUCAGUUUUCUGAUAUAUAUUUAACACGACAAUCAAUUCAAACAAAUAAUAAAACAAAUAAAAGAAAAUUAGAUGAACUUAUUGAUCCAUCAUCAACAGAUUUUGAUUCAUUAUCAUCUUUAAAACCACAAAAAACUGAACAAAUCGAUUCGGAACGUUCAAUUAGUAGAACAGGAACACCUUUAUCAAAUGGUCCACCACCUUCUUUAACACCGUCACGUAAUGGUAAUGAUAUUGGUCAAAUAUCAUAUGAAUUUGCUCCACCAAAUCAUAAUACUUGUAAUACAACACCUAAUUCAUCAUUACUCACACGACAAACUCCACCACCACCAUCUUUACAACACCAAUCAUUGCUUCCACCACUACCAUCAUCAUCAUAUAUGUCUAUGUCACCACGUAGUCAAUAUACAAUAACCAGUGAUAGUCCAUAUUUACAGACGAAUAAUCAAGUGUUUGUAUUUACAACACAAUUAGCUAACGAAGCCGCUGAAUCUGUAUUAAAAAAUGAACAUCCUAAUAUAAUUGAAUAUCAUAAAUCAUUACAAAGUACAGCUCAAUAUAUGUCAUCUCUCUCAAAUAACAAUCAUAAUUCAUCACUCGGUGGUCCAAUGCAUAUGAAUUUACCGCCCGGAUGUCAUUCGCCUCGUACUAUGCAAAUGAUGAUGCCUGGUCCACCACAUCAUAAUCCUCAUAUGUCACUUCAUAAUGGUGGUGGUGGUCCACCACCAAAUUGGCCACAUCCACAUUUUCAUCAACAACAACCACCUUUCGGUCGUUUAACGCCGGGACCUGGUGGUUUACCUCCACCAAAUCAUCUUUUACCACCAGGUGCAAUGAUGAUGAAUGGUUCACCACCACCUGGUAUGCGUAUGGGUGGUAUGCCACCCAUGCCUGGUAUGAUUCAACCACCAUCAGAUGGUAUUGAAAAUUUAACACCUGAACGAGCAAUACAUCGAAAAAAUCAAUUAGAUAAAAUACAAGAAAUAAAAACAAAAAUUACAGGUGGACGUGGCCGUGGUGGAAGAGCUAAAGCAAAUGCAGCAGCAGCAGCUGCAGCUGCAGCGGCAAAUGUUAAUAUGCCACCAUCAAUGAAUGGUGGUCCACUUGAUCCUCAUCAACAACAAAUGAUGAUGAUGAACAGUCCACACGGCGUUGGUCCACCACACCAUAUGAUGGGUAUUGGACCGCCACCACCACAUAUGUUACCACCAGGUAUGCGAGGACCACCUGAUGGAAUGAUGAUUGAUAUGAAUGGUCCACCACCACCACAUGCAUAUAUGAAUGGACCAAUGCCACCAGGUUUUCAUGGACAAUUUGGACCAGGUCCAGGUGAUCCAUAUGGGCCAAUACCUUCACAUCAUCCACAACCACAAGCUAUAAGAGAUUGGAAUAAAAUGCAAAUGGAACAUCUUGAAGGCAAAGCUCAGCAAAUGCGUGGACAACCACCACCAUAUUCAUCAGCAUCACCGUCAUCAUUAACACCUCCUAUAGCAACAACAUCAACAGGAGGUAAUUUAGGACCUAAUGGUAAAUUGCUUUCACCUAGAAUGGAACCGUCCACAGUACCACGUUUAUAUAAAGUUGGUCAACCAGAAAAAUUCAUUCCAGAUUCAUUGCCAUCAUCAGCUAAUAAAAAAUUAUCUGGUAGUGUUGGUGAAGUACAAUUAACAGCAUCACCAACACAAAUGGAUUAUAAUGAAUUUGGUAUGGAAGGUGAAGAAUUAAUAAUAACAAGACAUUUAAAUCGAGCUUAUCGACCUGGUAAUGGAACAAAUGGUGGUCCAUCAUCAUCUUCAUCAUGUAAAGAUGAACCAAUGACACCAUUAACACGUUCAACUUCAACACCGAAUAAUAAUUCAAAUACAUUAUCAUUUGGACAACAACAACAACAAUCAUCCGGUUCAACAACGCCUACGCAUCAUUCUCAAGGUAUAACACCACAAAGUGUUCCAGCUGCAUCACCACGUUCAUCAAAAUUAACAACAAAUAAUAAUUUAUCAUCACCAUUAAUGAAUUCAAAUACAAAUUCAACUAAAGAUGAACCAUUAGAUAUGAAUAGUGAUCCUAAAACUCCAACAUCAAAUAUGGCACCACCAUUAAGUAGUAUGCUACAAAUGACAAAUAGUUUACAAUCCUCGAAUUCUCCAUAUAAUUCAGCAAAUAAUCAAGUAUCGAAACAAUCAUUAAAUAGUCCUAAUUUAGGACAUAUAUCAAAAUCAAUUGAUCAUAUGAAUUUACCACCACAACAUAUGCAGUUUCAAAAUAUGAACCCUCAUCAUCGUAUGUUUGGUCCUCCAGAUUCAAUGCCUUCACAAUUUAAUCCACAUCAUCCUGGUAAUUUGCCACCACCACAUCCACAUUUGUAUAAAAUGAUGCCUCCACAUCAUACAAUUGAUCCAAAUGGAAUGAUGAUUCCACAUCCCGGUGGUCCCUCACGCUCAUCAAAAGGUUUACCACCACCAUCUGUAUCUGAUCCAAUGCAACAACAUCUUCAUCAUUUACCUCCACCACAUUAUGUUAAAAUGCAUCAUAUGGAUCCAUUACUUGGUCCACCACCUGGACAUCAACAACAACAUAUGCGUUUUUCACCUAUGAUGGAUGAUAAUUUUGGUAUGGGACCACCACAUCAUCAUCCUCAAAUGCAUCCACAUAUGCAUCCUCAUCAUCCAAUGCAUUUAAAUGAUGGUCGACCACCGCCACAAUCAAUUAAUAAUACAUAUGUAUCAGCAACAAUGUCUAUUCAACAAUUAAAUAUUCAAAAUUUAGGUCCCGGUGGACCACCAGGUGAAUUACAAGCAGGCACAAUACAUUAUCAUGCAUCAUCAGAUUCUCAACAACAACAAUUUUCACAAAAUGAUUCACAAUUUUCCUCACAAUUUAAUGAUUUACAAGCACCGUCAUCAAAUCUUAGUUCUGACGGUGUACAACCACCGCCUUAUUGGUGA